UUGAGUUUGUUUGUUUUUUUCUUUGGGGGUGGGGAGGCCUAUGGGUGGACGAUCCCAAUAAAAUUUUUGCAUGAUUUGAUAGAUUUUGCUAUUUAUAGGUAAAUUAAAGCUAAAAAUGAAUGUAAAUUAUGUUAACAAAUAACAAGUGUCCCGAGGAAAUUAUCAAAUGUACUCGAUAUCCCCUUUUUUCUACUGAAAUCGAAUUCCAAUUUGAAAUGGAAGAAGAUUCAUCGCCUAAACUCUGCAAUCCCUAAUGGAAAGUGGAGGCGAGGGGCAAACAAUGUGAAAAUGAGCUAUAGACUGACUGGGGGAUAAGCUCAACGACAGCACUACGCUGUUGUUUACAUAUAAAUCUAUAGACAAGAAAAUUCCGAGCUUACAAAAUAAUAUCGUACGACAUAUAUCACAAGAAGUAUCACUUCAUUGAAAUUAUAUAGGCUUGUUAGCUCAAUUGCCUGAUAAAUGAUUUAAAAAUCGUAAUAUUUAAGUGUCACGUAAGUAAUUUUGGAUAUUGUGCAUUUAAAGAACUUAAUUGUACUUUUAUAAAAAAGAUUCAUGAGUUGGUUAAAUCAAUCAAAACAUUUAAAAUUUAACCGCGUUCAAUACACAAGAUUUAAGACUUCUUGUGCAUUUUCUCAUGCUUUUAAGACGCUAUUAGUUGAAAAGUGGACAGCAUGGAUUCACAUGUGAAAAAUAUUUCUCGUCAUUCAAAGGUAAGACACCGCAAGGAAACUGCGAUUCCUCGUUGGCGCUCUGCAGAGGAAUGAACUCUGUUUUGCGCAAGAGGAGAGCUUGUCGCAAGAUCGACCAUCUCUUAACGGCGACGCAGUUCCAGUUCAGGCCUUUCUCCUCCCGCAAACUGACGCAGCACCAUCCAUCGCGGAGCAAGAAACAGGACAAAGCCCUCAGGAUCCUGAGCCUCGUCGCUCCCAAAACCGGUGGGAACUCCAGUCGCCAGAGCCAUCUCCGGCUCAUCGAGGACUUCUUGGACACGAGCUCGAAUGCCCAGAAGCUCGCUAACGGCUUCGCUUCUCUGGGUUCAUCUAGUGCCGCUGUGCGUAACGUGUUCGACGAAAUGCUCGAAUCCGCUGCAUCUGACGAGAAGGGUUCCGUUUCCGGGGAGCGUUCGUCUAAAGAGGAAAGGGUCGGAGAUGGUGCGGUUGGUUUGUCACAUGCUUUGAGUUCAUGUGGGUCCGCGCGUGAUCUCGAAGGUGGCGUUCAGUUCCAUUGUUUGGCGAUGAGGACUGGGUUUCUUGCCAAUGUUUAUGUGGGGAGUUCUUUGAUAACCUUGUAUGGUAGGUGCGGCGAGCUGGGGAAUGCUUAUAAGGUGUUUGAAGAAAUGUCUGUGAAGAAUGUAGUGUCUUGGACAGCCAUCAUAGCUGGCUUUGCACAAGAGUGGCAGGUCGACGAGUGCUUGGAGCUGUAUCAUUCGAUGAGGUGUUCAGCUUCAAAACCCAAUGAUUUCACGUUUACGAGUCUUUUGAGUGCUUGCACGGGUAGUGGAGCUCUUGGACAGGGCAAGAGUGCCCAGUGCCAGGCGAUCCAAAUGGGUUUUGCUUCGUACAUUCACGUUGCCAAUUCUCUUAUCUCCAUGUACUGCAAGUGUGGGUGCAUGGAUGAUGCAUUGUGUAUAUUUCACGAGCUGCCCAAGAGAGAUCUCGUGUCGUGGAACUCGAUGAUUGCUGGGUAUGCUCAAUAUGGGCUUGUGCAUGAGGCAAUUGAUCUUUUCGAGGAGAUGCUGCUGCAAAAAGUCAAGCCAGAUGCUAUUACUUUCCUUGGGGUUCUGUCUUCAUGUCGUCAUGCUGGUCUUGUCAAACAAGGGCAGCUUUACUUUGACUCGAUGGUUGAUCACGGGUUGAUCCCAGAACUAGACCAUUAUGCAUGUGUUGUGGAUCUCCUUGGUCGCAGUGGUAAGCUGGAAGAGGCUCGUAAUUUCAUAAAUAGAAUGCCUGUUCAGCCCAAUGCAGUCAUAUGGGGCUCAUUACUUUCUUCCUGCCGUCUUCAUGGGAAUAUUUGGUUUGGUAUUCAGGCUGCAGAGAGUAGGUUGGUGCAGGAACCAGGAUGUGCAGCUACACAUAUUCAACUGGCAAAUCUUUAUGCCAGUAUUGGUCUCUGGGAUGAAGCAGCACAAGUGCGAAAAUUGAUGAAGGAUAAAUGCCUUAAGACUUAUCCUGGAUAUAGUUGGAUUGAGAUCAGUAAUGUAGUUCACAGAUUCAGAGCAGAGGACUGGCGCAAUGACCGAGUUACUGAGAUUUAUGUCCUUGGUUGUUUGAUGGAUCAUAUGAGAAAUCAUGGUUAUGUGCCUGAGGUGCAUGAGGAGGAGGAAUUGUCAUGUGCAGCAGUAUAGUAUAGCAUGUGGCUUAUGCAUUAUUUUCAAGUAUGAGGAACAAUCACUUUUGGGGAUCACAUAUGGGAAAAGUGCUUUGUCUUCUCAAGGAGAAAUCUCUUCCUUAGAGGAACUUAUGGAGCCUCCCUGGUCGGAUGAUCGAUUGGGUGAACUGUUUGCGUCCUUUUAAAGUCCGGAAUGGCCCAACUCUGUCAGGGAAAAGAUCAGAAGAGGCAUCUGUUAGUGUCUGCUCCUUCACGCAUGGGGAUAAAAGUUACUGCUGAUGCACAAGCGAUUGCAUUCAGGAAGCUAAUCUAAAUGACUUUUAGCUCUUUUUAGAGAGAGAGAGCAACAAUCGGCUUGGUUAAAUAACUCAAAUACGAUGCAAAUGGUCCGAAGUUGAGGACUACGGCACAUCAAAUAGCGGAUGCAGAGUGACCGGGGAUUUACGAGUUACUCAAAUACACUGCAAAUGAUCUGAAGCCAAGAAGUUGUUCACUCAUCUAUAAUGCAGCAUGUGGUUGUUAGUUAAACGUGCUGCAAAUGGUCUGAAGUUGAGGACUAUUCAAUGGGAAUUUCUCAGUGUUUGUGCGGUACGCCGCUUUGAAUAGGAGUUACGGUAAAAUGGAGUCAGGUACGGUGCGCCCGACCGGAAAUCGACCCCUCGAGGGCCAUAGGGCCCGGAGUGUCGACAGUCGAGAUAAACUUUUAUAGACAACUUCUUUCAUUUUCGUGAUCA